AUGGGUGGGAAGACGAGCAAGGCACUUUGCCAGGAAACCCUCGAGAGGAGUGAAAAAAAUAGCCAAAAGGAGACCAAAGCAGAUUUUGGCCAAGGACCGGCAAAGGACCUCGGGUCCAAACCCUUACCGCUCAGACUAUCGGAGAAAAGGCCCUCACGACACGCUCCAGCGCAGCAGAGAGACAAGUGCGAAGAGGAAGCUGGAGAAAAAGAGGCCAACCCCGAACUAAGUGAGAGAUCACUGCCAGGAUUCCAAGAAGUGAACGGUCAAGCUAACCUAACAAGAAGUGGUUUGAUUGCAGGCACACCUUUCCACAAUGACGACGUCAAUACCGGCAUCGCUGUACUUACUAUCAUCACUGAUAUCUGCAAACAGGCUAGAAAGCCUUCCACCAAAGAACAAAAGCAGCUGCGCGCCGUUUUCCACCAGAUGCCGUAUCUCUUGACCUCAGAGGCACGUGAAAAGCAGGGAGAAGAAGAACUUAUCAUGGCCAUUCAGUUUCUGACAACAGUGUACGAUCAUCCUGAAUCGGUGAACUGGGGAGGCAUCGAAGGUUUUGAUAAAUUGCAGCUUACUUUGGAAAGCUUGAAAAAGUUCGACAGACGAGCAGAAGUCGAACCAAGAGAAGGACCAGGAGGUGUUUUUAUUGUAUGA